GUCAGCCUGUUGCGUUCGAGGAGCAACACCCAAAAACCAGUAGCAGCAACACCAUCAGCAGCAACAGAUUCCGUUUCAGGAGCUUCACUUUCCGUUUAAUCUGUCACGGCAGGACACUUUCGCGGCGUGGCGCGUAAAGACAUAAAAUAAAUUAGAAAAAAAACGCUAAAAAUAAAUACACGCCGCUAAAAACACGCGAACCGCAUCUCGAUCGCCAUAAAUCACAUCCCGAUUCGUGUGCUUCAGAUCCGAUUAAACAGAAAUUAGGUGCAAUUACUACUGAUAAGAAUGAUGAAAGCCACAGCGUGGUUUUGUCCGGUGUUAUUAACUUUACUGUGUGCCACGAGGCUGGUCUGCACGGCACAGCGAGGAGUUGGAUCUGGAACUGGUACAGGAGUAGGUGGCACGGCAGCAGGAGCAGGACCAGAGGCCGGCGGAAGCGGCCGCACAAACGGAUAUCCUUUGGACUACCCAGAUGCACGGAAUAUUCAGGAUGACUUUCUUCUCGCCAAACGAAACAAGCCGUCUCUCUCCAUUGUCAAUCCCUUGGAUGUGCUGCGUCAGCGGCUCCUUCUGGAAAUCGCACGCCGUCAAAUGAAGGAGAACUCUCGACAGGUCGAACUGAACCGAGCUAUUCUGAAGAACGUGGGCAAACGAUUCAUGAUCCGGGGCGGAGGAGCUCCAAAGGUGACAACCAGGCGCUACCGGGAGCGGGAACGCGAAUGGGAACGGGAACGGGAACCGGAGGAGCUGCAGCAGCUGGAGGAGCUAGAGCUCGAACAGGAGCAGCAGCAGGAGCUGGAGCGGGAACAGGAAGAGCAGGCUGUGCGUCAACAGCUGCUACCGUGGAAGCAUUUCCCCAGCCAACUGUGGAGCUACGGAUGGACCCAUUCGCAGGCUCCGUACUCGGCGUUACAGUUGGCCGAUUCCCUGCAACAGAAAACCACUCGACCGCAGUCACUCCCGGGUCAAAAGCUGCCCAGCUAUGCGAAGAAAUCCCUGAACGUGGCCGGACUAGGUCUGGGCGUCAGGGCGGUCAGGGGUCAUCGGGCUGCCAACGGAAAUGAAGCUGCUAACGAAACAACAAAUCACGAUAAUGACGAGAACGAGAAUGGUUAUGGAUCCAGCAAAAACGCAGCUGGAUAUGUGGACUCCCUCCUCGAUGAGGAUGGCGAUGGGGAGGCAGGAUUCGAUCUCUUCGAGGAGGUAGGUCCGCCCGCCCCGUCAGGUGGAAGUGUAGGUGCUUUGGAUGCAAAUGAGCACCAAAGUGUUGGGUGGGACCUUCCACCCUAUCGCUUUCACAAAAGUCAGCAGCAUAAUGUUAAUUAAGUAACCGAAGAUUGAGAAGCUACAGGAUGCAAAUGCAGAUUCAGAUACAGAUACAGAUGCAGAUUCAAAUAGAGAUACUUGUGCAAAUACACAGAUAAACAGAUAUAUUGGUACUGAUAUUGAUAUUGCCAUUGAUGAGGUAAUACGGAGGCAGAUUAGUGGUAAUAGACGGUCCGGAUUAAAAUGUAAAUUGACGGUUCCUAAUGGCUGGCUGCAAGGCAGGCAUGUUGUGUGUGCACAUACUCCCUCGAUGACAAAGAAACAAAAAAAACUAAAUCAUAAAACUAAAACAAGAACUUACUCCCACGUUGCUAGAUGUAUUCGCAUUUGAAUUCUAUUUUAUCGAAGAUAACCAACCAAGGUGUAUGUAACAAUUUAUGCUACCUCUCUCACAGUAACUGUUGAACCCCUGAAAUAUAUACACAUGAGCCCCUCCCACGAACUUUGAUCCAAGACCCCACCAGCUACUAUUUACACCGCAGCUAUAGCAAACAAAGAACUCGUAAAUGCAUUUGUUUUAAAUCGUAAUUAAUAGUGAUCUGUGUGUCGUUUUAAUAAUUAUUUUUUAACGAUGGAUAUUUAAUUAAUCAGUGACAUGCAACAGUUACUAACUGAUUGACAUUUUCGUAUUUAUUUAUUGGUUUUUUUAUGAAGUAAUUAAAUUUUACGCUUUAUUACAGAAUUAAAUAAUUGUUGUCUACAAACUCCGCGGGCGGAAAUUUGUUUUUUCCACACUGUUGUUUGUUCAAUUGUUUUUGAUAUUUUUUUAAUUAAUGAAAUAUACAAAUGCUCAAAUAGAAUAGCACUCGAAUAUUAAUAUUUAUAAUUUAUUUGCUCUACAAAUUGGUCACUAUUAAAAAUUUACGUAGUUGAUGGUUCAAGUUUUAAGAUAUUAAGCGAAAGAAAUGGUUCCAAAUCAUACGAAUACGAUACGAUACGAAUAACGAUUUUAAAUUAGAAAAAACGCAGAUCUAUGUAUUAUCCGAGAAUAUACUUCAAAUCCCGAGAAAAUACGUCACGUGUUGUGUAAAUUAGCAAGGAAUUUACCAAGCAAAUUAACUAACCUUUUUAAUAAUUACGUUCUGUACAUUAAUUAAUUUAAUGCAAAAUUUAUUUCUAUAUGUGUAUGUAAAUAAAGUGAAUUUUUCAGAGAAAAGCUAAACUAAAAUAAAUGAAAUUCCAACCGGAGAAAUCAAACGAAACUUAUAUAU